UUAAUUUUUUUUUUUAUUGUUGUUCGUCAUCAUAAUAAACAAAUAAGUAAAAAAAAAACUAAAAAUACAUUUAUUGUUCUUUUCCUCUCUUCUUUAAAUGUUUAAAAGUCAACAAGCAACGACCUAUAGUCGUAUUGAACAACAUGACGAUGAUGAGGAUACACCGCAAGAGUUAUUACAACAUCACUCUAAUUCCGUACUCGUAGCCAACCAUCAUGGAGAAUGUAAUGUUGUCCCACUUCUUUCUCAGACAUUCCACACCGCUCAAUCCCCACCUCAUUCACCACGAGCAUCAUUCUCUGCCAUACCAGACGCCACGCGUCGUUUCUUUCAAACUAAGCUACCCAUCGUCUUUCGUAAAGACAUGGCUUCCACAGCUUCUUUCGCUUCUUUGCCAGCUGUCAUCAUUGCCGAUCUUCAAAACGGUAAUCUACCCAUUAUGGACGAUGCAGAGUCAACCAUUGGCGAUCAAGGCUGGACUAUUGUCCACCGUCGUCGUUUCCGUGGUAAACAUGGUAUUGGAGAAACUCGUCAUCCUGCCAAUAUCCAGUCGCCUGUCAAUAAUGCCAUCCUGGAUGAAGAAAUCGAUCCUUCCGACCAAGUCACUUGUUCGGUCUUUGUAAAAUGCGAAGAACAACAAGUACAGCCUCAAUAUACCAUGACCAUGUCACCACUGUAUGACAACCAAAAGCCCGACACGGAUGAGCGGGUAUUCUAUGAUCCUAUACCCGAAACAGAAGAGAAAUUCAACGAUAUUGUACAUACUGUACGUACAGCUAUCGACAGUAAUAUGCAGCCCACACGUAUUAGUCAAGGUUCAAGUGGUUCUUAUUUUUGCCGUAAUAGUUCCGGAAAGAUUGUGGGUGUUUUCAAGCCAAAGAAUGAGGAACCUUACGGUCGUCUCAACCCAAAAUGGACUAAAUGGAUCCAUCGUCAUUUAUUUCCAUGUUUUUUUGGUCGUUCCUGCCUGAUCCCCAACUUGGGUUAUCUCUCCGAAGCCGCAGCAUCCUCCAUCGACCGUAGACUGGGUACACACGUGGUACCCUAUACAGACGUCAUUCACCUGUCAUCCUCUUCCUUUCAUUAUGAUUAUUUAGAUAGACGUUCCACCAACGGAUUACCUCCCAAAAUCGGUAGUUUUCAAUGCUUCUUGACAGAUUAUAAAGAUGCUACUGUUUUCUUUCGAGAUCAUCCAUUUCCCACUUUCACAGAUCCUCAUUCUUCGCAUUAUGAUGAGAACAAUCGAAAAUCCGUGUGGGGUGGAUGUUUAGGAGGACAUGAAGAUCUGUAUCAUCAAGACAAUGAAGAACAGCAACACCACUAUCCACCGAAGAGAGCGAAUGGCACGGCAACAGGAACAACAACGACGGAUACAUCGUUCAAAUGGACUUUCGAACUUCAAAAUCAAUUUAGAAGAGAGUUUGAGCAAUUGAUCAUCUUGGACUAUCUUAUCCGUAACACAGAUCGUGGGUUGGAUAAUUGGAUGGUUAAAUAUUGCCCUCCCAAAGAAGUGGAUGGAACAAUGCAAGCAGGACAUAUUCAUGUAGCUGCCAUUGAUAACGGGCUGGCUUUCCCUUAUAAACAUCCCGAUCAAUGGCGUUCUUAUCCGUAUGGCUGGAUGGCCAUGCCCGAUGCACUUGUUAACCGUCCCUUCACCGAAGCCACGCGUCGACAAUUUUUGGAGGUUCUUUCUGAUCCACUCUGGUGGCGAGAAACCGUACGAGAAAUGCGAUCUCUUUUUGAAAUGGAUGACGAUUUUGAUGAAAAAAUGUUUCAAAAACAAAUGGCUGUGUUGAAAGGCCAAGGUUAUAAUAUCUUGCGUACAUUAAAGGACCCCUCUGCAGGUCCUGUGGAUCUGGUAGGGAUGCAAAGGGUCGUGAUCAACCAAGAGGAAAUCCUGAUCGAAUACGAUCUUAAAAAAUUAGCCAGUCGUGAUUUACAUUCGCCACAAACUACGGUGCGUAGUCCCACUUUGGCUCUGGAUAUCACAGAUGCUCUACCUAAAAAUAGAAGAUUAAGAACACAACGAUCCACCUCGUUUGAUGUGAGUUCCACUAUGAGUUCUCCAUUUUUGGACGAUGAUGAUGAGGAAGAACUAGAUCAACGUGUGCAACAAUUACACAAACUACAGAAGCAACAAAAACAACAAAAACGCUGGCAAGAUAAGAUCAAAAAUGGUCUUUCCAUGGAUUUAGGUGGGCGUGGUUUAUUCGGACAAAAAAACAAGACAAAACGUACUUCCAAUCGAUACCGUGCUUUUG